AUGGAAACAGAUGAAAUGAUUGAGCCUGCUGUUCCUUCCAAAUCCACCAAGCGUGGCACGUACGAGAAAAAAGCUAGAGGAAGGCCAAGAAAAAGCAGAGACGUCUCAUCUCCUCCGAAGACGCGCAGACCGCGCGGACGUCCACGAAAGGAUGGAGGUGAAUCAAGAAAGAAGGGUGAACGUAAAUCUACAGAAAGAAAGCUACAUGAACGUCUGCAAAAACGACGACCGCGUCGAGCUGCGGCUAUGAUACAAGAUUUCCUUGAGCUAUACGCUAAAGUGGAUUUGGCCGAUCUUGAAAUAAUCCAUGCCAGGGCCACGACAUUUGUGAGAAUGCUAGUCGAUGAGUACAUCGAAGAGUCCAAAGCGAGCACAGCUAAGUCUUCUUCCCGCAGCAAUUCUCAAAGUUCGCGUGAUCUAAAAGGUGACAGGGUCGGAUGCGGAUGGAAAGGAAAAGCAGGGAAGAAAAACGAAGGUAUGAGGAUAACAGGUGACUCACAGCUAUUCUUACCAGGACGUGGUGAUCAUCACGCAAGCAUGGAUGCUGGAUCGAGUGCAAUGGAUGACAUGGCGAGCGCUGAGGAACCUGAGAGCUCAGCGGAAGAAGUCAGCGCCGAGUGUGGUUACGAGAGCAGUUCUGAUCCCAGCGGAGAUUUUGGAGAGGAAACUAAUAUCAAUGAGCUACCGCUUGGCCGAACAACUACCCUGUCGGAUAGUUUUAUCGAUUCUAUUCCUGUAAUAAGAGGAACUGUCUUGCAACAACUUCCAACUGUGAUUGAU